UUAGUUUAACCAGCGAGUGGUAUUGCCACCCGUUUUCAGAACCGUCCCAUGAAACGCGAAAUUGCAAGGCUGGUCUCGGAUGGGUUCUACAAAGAAGCCCUUUCUUUGUAUUCUCAACACCACUCAGUCUCACUCCCUCCUCACAUGUUCACCUUCCCUCCUCUCCUCAAAGCCUGUGCCAAGCAAAAAUCGGUUCCACAAGGGCAAAUGAUCCAUGCCCAUCUCAUCAAAACCGGUUUUAGCUCGGACGUUUACUCUGCCACUUCUCUCACCGGUAUGUACAUGAAGCUGCAUCUCUUGCACGAUGCACUCAAGGUGUUCGAUGAAAUGCCUGAAAAAAAUUUGGCUUCAUUGAAUACCGUAGUGUCGGGGUUUUCAAAAAAUGGGUGUCGUAGAGAAGCAUUCUGGGUUUUCAAACAGGUGGGGUUUGGAACGUUCAGGCCGAAUUCGGGGACUAUAGCUAGUUUGUUGUCGGCAUGUGAAAGCAUAGAACACGGCAUGGAACUGCAUUGCUGGGCGAUAAAGUUGGGUGUUGAGACAGAUGUUUAUGUUGCAACUUCGACUGUCACUACGUAUUCAAAUUAUGAAGACUUCGUUUCAGCUUCAAAGGUGUUUUACGGGACACCUAAUAAGAGUGUAGUAAGCUAUAAUGCUUUUUUGUCGGGGCUUAUGCAGAAUGGGGUUACACGGACGGUUUUGGACGUGUUUAAGGACAUGAGGGAAUGUUCAGUUGAAGAACCGAAUUCGGUUACGUUUGUUUUGGUCCUCUCUGCGUGUGCUAGUCUUCUGUAUCUCCGAUUUGGUAGGCAGGUUCAUGGACUCAUAAUGAAAACUAACAUAGAAUUUGAUGCUAUGCUGGCAACUGCAUUGGUAGACUUGUAUUCCAAGUGUGGCUGUUGGCAGGUUGCAUUUGAUGCUUUCAAAGAGCUUGAUGGAAGCAGAAACUUGAUAACAUGGAAUUCCAUGAUUGCCGGCAUGAUGUUAAAUGCUCAGAGUGAGAAUGCUGUUGAGCUAUUUGAACAGUUAGAAUCUGAAGGACUGGCACCUGAUUCAGCAACGUGGAAUUCAAUGAUAAGUGGGUUUUCACAACUAGGGAAGGCGAUUGAAGCAAUUAAGUACUUCAAGAGAAUGAUAUCUGCUGGCAUAGUCCCAAGUUUAAAAUCUAUCACAAGUCUUCUACCAGCUUGUUCAGAUUUGUCUGCCCUGCAGUAUGGAAAAGAAAUCCAUGGGCAUGCAAUGAGAGCCAAUAUCAGUGCCGACGAGUUCAUCGCCACUGCACUUGUUGACAUGUACAUGAAAUGUGGGCAUUAUCUGUUGGCACGAAGAAUUUUUGAUCAGUUUGAUCGGAAACCUGAUGACCCUGCAUUUUGGAAUGCGAUGAUAUCUGGUUGCGGAAGAAAUGGAGAAUACGAAUCCGCGCUUAAGAUAUUUGACCAGAUGCGAGAAGAGAGGGUACAACCAAAUACUGCAACAUUUAUUAGUGUGUUAUCUGUUUGCGGUCAUACCGGUCAGGUCGACAAAGGAUGGCAACUUUUUAGAAUGAUGAAUAGAGAUUAUGGCUUGAAACCAAAACCAGAGCACAUUGGCUGCAUGGUUGACCUCUUGGGUCGAUCUGGUCGGUUGGAUGGAGCUCGAGAAUUAAUACAAGAUUUACCACAGCCUUCUGCAUCUGUUUUUGCUUCUUUGCUUGGUGCUUGUAGGCAUCAUUUAGAUUAUGAAGUGGGGGAAGAAAUGGCUAUGAAGCUCUCAGAAUUAGAGCCUGAAAAUCCAACUCCUUUUGUGAUCCUGUCGAAUAUAUAUGCUGCAUUUGGAAAGUGGAGGGAUGUGGAAAGGAUUAGGGGGAUAAUGAAUGAUAAAGGGUUGAGAAAGCUCCCUGGCUUUAGCUUAAUAGGAGUAAAAUGA